UGCCGCUUUGCUGGGCGGCGUCAUGGCCAACGGGACGGGGGCGACGGUCAUGCUGAAAUGCGUGGUGGUCGGGGACGGCGCGGUGGGCAAAACUUGCCUGCUCAUGAGCUACGCCAACGACGCCUUCCCGGAGGAGUAUGUGCCCACCGUCUUUGACCAUUACGCAGUCAGCGUGACUGUGGGUGGCAAGCAGUAUCUCCUUGGGCUGUAUGACACUGCGGGACAGGAAGACUAUGAUCGCCUGAGACCAUUAUCUUACCCCAUGACUGACGUCUUCCUCAUCUGCUUCUCUGUGGUAAAUCCAGCUUCCUUUCAGAACGUGAAGGAGGAAUGGGUGCCAGAGCUGAAAGAAUAUGCCCCAAAUGUACCCUUCUUGUUAGUUGGAACCCAGAUUGAUCUUCGGGAUGAUCCCAAAACGUUAGCGCGGCUGAAUGAUAUGAAAGAGAAACCAAUAUCUAUGGAGCAAGGACAGAAGCUAGCAAAAGAGAUAGGAGCUUGCUGCUACGUGGAGUGCUCAGCUUUAACACAGAAAGGACUGAAGACCGUUUUUGAUGAAGCUAUUAUAGCCAUUUUAACUCCAAAGAAACACACGGUGAAAAAAAGAAUAGGAUCGAGAUGCAUUAAUUGCUGCCUGAUCACGUGAGAUCCCCGUCGGGACAAUGGCCACACCUACUGUGAAACUUCCCUGCAUAUACACACUUCUUAAAACCCUCCUGUUAACUGUUCAUAAAUUAAUUUGGAAGCUGAUUUCAGGAAUUGGCAUUUGGUGAAAUCUAGAAGGUGGGGCGAAGGGAGGAGACAAAAAUCCCAUAUCUGUGAAGGAGCAAGCAACCAUCUGUUCCAAAUAAUUUAUUAGGACUGGAAGGAAAAUACAAUCUCUCAGGGGUAACACAAUUUAGGACACGUGACAGAUGCAUCAUCGUGUUGCCGCAGCAUGCAG